AUGACAUCACCAGUUAUUUCAACACCACCAAUUGCAACACGUGAAGGAGGAAUAUCAAGUGUAGCAGUUGAAGACAUUGCAACUGUUCAUGCAGAUGAAGUCAUAUUGAUCUUGGACGCAGGAUCACAAUACAGCAAGGUGAUUGAUCGUAGAGUCAGAGAGUUGAAUGUAGCCUCUGAAAUACAUCCAUUCAAUACACCUAUACUUCCAUUGUUGGCAAGAGGCAAUAUCAAAGCAAUCAUCAUUUCAGGUGGUCCAGAAAGUGUAUACUCGUCAAAGGCUCCCCAAUAUGAUCCUGAUUUGUUCAACCUUGCCAAUACCGUUCACAAGGAUAUCCCUAUCCUUGGUAUCUGCUAUGGUAUGCAACUAAUGAUGUUCAUAUUUGGUGGUAAAGUUGAAAAAAAUGAUCAUCGUGAAGAUGGUGUUCAUCAUGUUCAUAUUAAACAAUCAAUAUUAUUUAAAGAUUUAGCUGAAUCUGAAAAGGUAUUGUUAACUCAUGGUGAUAGUGUAACUAUGGUUGCUCCAGGAUUCAAAGAGAUUUGUAAAUCUGAUGGAGGUGUGAUUGCCGGUGUAGAAGAUGAAAAGAGAAAGAUGUACGGAUUGCAGUUCCAUCCAGAGGUUGAUUUGACCACCAAUGGCAAGAAGAUCUUGGAAAACUUUUUGUUUGGUAUUGCCGGUUGCAAGGGAAGCUAUACUUUGGAGGAUAGAGAGUCGAUUGCUAUCAAGGAGAUCCAGCAGACUGUCGGUACUGGCAAGGUGCUUGUGCUCGUCAGCGGGGGUGUCGACAGUACCGUCUGUGCUGCUCUUUUGACCAAGGCUAUUGGCGCCGAACGUGUCGUUGCGUUGCACAUUGAUAACGGGUUUAUGCGUCACCACGAGAGCAAGAAUGUCGAGACUGCACUUGGCGUGCUCGGUCUGCACUUGAUCGUCGUCGACGCGAGCCAAGCCUUUUUCAACGGCACUACGACUAUUGCUGGCAAGGUCACUGACAAGCUCUGUAUCACUGUCCACCCUGAAGAGAAGAGAAAGAUCAUUGGUGACACGUUUAUGCGUGUGGCAGAGGACGAAGUACGCAAGCUUGGUCUCGACCCAAACCACGUGUUUUUGGCACAGGGUACUCUGCGUCCAGACCUCAUUGAAUCGUCUUCCAAGACAGUGUCGGGUGUUGCCGACGUCAUCAAGACCCACCACAACGACACUGAACUCGUCCGUCUGCUCCGUGCAACCGGUCGUGUCGUCGAACCACUGCGCGACCUCCACAAGGACGAGGUCAGAGAGCUCGGCAAGUCGCUCGGCCUCUCAGAGAGCCUCGUCUGGCGCCAGCCAUUCCCCGGACCCGGUCUUGCCAUCCGUAUCAUCUGCGCUGAACGCCCAUUCAUUGACGCCAAGUUCCAAUUGACCUGCUCUGUCCUACACCACCUCAUCCGCGGAACCGGCGCACCCGACGUGGACACUGGCGACAAGAUCGACCAACAUCUUCGUGAAAUGGGCUGUCUUGAGCGUAUUCGUCGCAGCGGGGCGUCGAUCAACCCCAUCCUCCUCCCCGUCCAAACCGUCGGUGUCCAAGGUGACGGCAGAACCUACUCGUAUGUAGCCGCACUCUCGCAGUCGGGUGAGCCAGACUGGGAAGUUCUCUUUUUGCUCGCCAAGGUCAUCCCUAAAGUUUGCCACAAUGUCAACCGUGUCGUCUAUAUCUUUGGAAAGCAUAUCGCCGAACCCACCCUCAUCGAACAAAUCACACCCACCCGUUUGGUGCCAGAGACCAUCGCACAGUUGCAAAAGGCCGAUCACGCAGUCAACCAAGUUUUACUAAAGUAUGGUCUCAUCAGAGCACUCUCUCAAGUGCCAGUCAUCCUCUUCCCCAUCUCAUUUGACCAAGACCAAACCCGUUCCAUUGCCAUCCGUACCUUUAUCACCAACGAUUUUAUGACUGGUGUCCCUGCUGUCCCAGGUACCGACGCCAUGCCACUAGCAUGUCUCCAAGAAAUGGUCAAAGAUAUUUUAACAAAUACCCCUGGUAUUUCACGUGUAGUAUAUGAUUUAACUAGUAAACCACCUGGUACAACUGAAUGGGAAUAA